AUGAGUAAAUCGGGAUCCGGAGAGGACGGCACCGCACUUCGCACAAGUCUCAAGCGAGCGGCCUCCUCGAGGUUCGAUGUCGAGGUUAUUCUCUCCCGUUCCCUCGACAAGAGCAAGGGUCCCAUGGGCUUCCUGGAGCACUUUUACCUUGUGCGCUGGGAGGGAUACGGACCAGAGGACGACACUUGGGAGGGGCGGUCCAACGUCAUGAAGGGGGCUUGGACUCUGGUGCAAGAGUUUGACCGUCAAGAGCUGCCGUUUACCAUCCUCAACGUGCGGCAGCGGCAACAGGAGCCCAUCUACCUAGUGCGAUACGGUUUGGCGACCGACGCCAUUGAGCCAUCGCCUCACUGCACCAAGGUCUGGUUGACCGAAGACGAGAUGAAGAGGCAUAACCGAUCCGCAACGGUCAAGCGAGCCACUUUGGCCAUGCGCAAGGAGGCCGGUUUUAGAAUGUCCUAUGUCGGCGUAGCACCCAGGCCACCCGCUCUUCAGAAGCAGGACGACCUCGUCGUCAUUGGGUACAAGACAACCAAGGCCAAGUCCACCUCCAAAUCAAAGGUACCCACGUACCUUGCUCGCUGGGAAGAAGGAGGAGAGCUACAUGAGCAGUGGUUCCGCGCCUACGACUUUCACAAGCGCUUUCCCUUGGACGAUCGGCGUGCCAUUGCCGAGUACCGCUCCGACUUGGAGACGCAGAAGGCCGCGGACGCUCUACAAGUUCCCGCCAACGAGUACGAAAGUCAACGGCUGCAGAAUAUUGAAAAGAAUAAGCUCCUGCUUCAGGAACUGGGCCUGUAG